GACGCGGUGCGCGCUGCUCGUUCGUCCACGUUGUUACGAUGGUUUCCACGUCCUUUGUGACUUUGGUGUUCCUCGUCUGUCUGCAAACCGUUCUACUCUCCACUGUGAGCAACUGCGCAAAGACGAUCAGCAUGUACUGGAACACCACGAAUUCCAUAUUUCGAAUAGACAACACAGACCACAUAAUAGACGUGAACAAGAACAACGCGGCGUUCGAGUACGAUCAAGUGAACAUAAUAUGUCCUGUGUACCAGCCGGGAACGUAUGACGAGGACUCGGAGAAGUAUAUUAUUUACAACGUGUCCAAGGAGGAGUACGAAACAUGUCGGAUAACGAAUGCGAAUCCACGAGUGAUAGCGGUUUGUGACAAACCGUACAGGACCAUGUACUUCACGAUCACCUUCAGGCCGUUCACACCGCAACCUGGAGGCCUAGAGUUCCUGCCAGGCCACGAUUACUACUUCAUCAGCACCUCGUCCAAGGACGACCUCCACAAACGCAUUGGUGGACGGUGCACCAGUAACAACAUGAAGGUGGUCUUCAAGGUGUGCUGCGGCAACGAGGCUGAUACCUCGUCGUCAUCAGCGACAUCGCGUAACAACUCCGUAGCCGUGACCAGCAGCACCGUGCCGAGCAGCAGCUCAACCAGCACCGCAGUUUUGGGUGGAGGAGCGGCUGGAGUGCCACCCCCGCCACCACCGAGCGUCCUCAAGGGCGGAGAUCGAUUCUACCCAGGGGGCAGCAUUCAUCAUCAUCACGAUCAUCAUCAACCGGCCACGGCGGCGCCGACCCUGCCCCACGUGCCCCCUCCGGCCAUCUACCCCGUGCAUCCGCAUCAGCCUCCGAUUCACAAUGGACCGCCGUCCUCCUCGCCGCCCAAGACCACGAUCGGCCAGAAGAAGAAGAACAAGGAGUACUCGAAUCACCCGAACGAAGUUGUGAAGAACGAAGAAUUGACCUAUAAUGGAGCGAGUUCAAGCCAGAUUCAGGAUCGGUUCAGCCAGCUCGUGAUACUGGUGACGGGAAGCUUGUUGAUCAGCGCUAUCCUGCCGCAGUUAUUGCGGUGA